AUGGCAGAGAUGGAAAAAGAGGGCAGACCUCCGGAAAAUAAAAGAAGCCGAAAGCCAGCUCACCCAGUCAAACGGGAGAUAAAUGAAGAAAUGAAGAGUUUUGCGGAGAACACCAUGAAUGAGCUUCUGGGCUGGUACGGCUACGACAAGGUCGAGCUGAGAGACUCUGACAACCUUGAGAUAGGGGAGACCCCACAGCACAUCUCUGUUCUCAAAGAAAACUCUUUGCCAAAAAUCCCAGCUUCAACAGAGAGCAAUGAAGGCUCUCCGGAUCGAGCCAACAGCUCCCACUCCAUGCCAGCUUCCAGGAACGGAGUCACAGAACCCUCCACCACGCCAUCCACAUCCACACCCAGCACCAAGGAGCAUGGCAACCUGCCAAUCAUAGUCCCGAUGAUCCCGCCUCCACUGAUCAAGCCUCCCACAGAUGAAGACAUCGCCAACGUGCAGAUCAUGUGUGCCUGGUGCCAGAAAGUUGGCGUCAAACGGUACUCGCUGAGCAUGGGGAGCGAACUGAAGAGCUUUUGCAGCGAGAAGUGCUUCGCCGCCUGCCGCAGAGCCUAUUUCAAGAGAAACAAGCUUGGAUUUGUAAGGAAUUACACUGCGAGAGACGACGAUGGCCUCGGUGGGAAAUUACCUCAGCACAGCUUUACUCAGGACUCGCCCAGGCUUGUCUUCAAGACAAACAGCGAUGUGCUUGUGUGUGACUGGUGCAAACACAUUCGUCACACCAAGGAAUAUUUGGAUUUCGGUGCCGGCGAGCGGAGGCUGCAGUUCUGCAGUGCCAAAUGCCUCAACCAAUAUAAGAUGGACAUUUUCUACAAAGAGACCCAGGCUGCCCUGCCGGGGGCGUUAUGUAACCCAGCUCACGGGGGUAAUGGGGAGGGAAAGGGGGAGUGUAGUGGCGCAGUACAGCUACUAACUCCCGAAUCCUGGGGAACGCCAUUAACGGACCCUCGACGCAAAGCCCCCUCGCCAGGAGGGCCCACCACAGCCUCCACUCUGCCUCCCCCCUCCACCUCCUCUGCUGCCUCUCCCUCUGACACAGGUGCUGUCUACUCCCCGUCGUCUGCCUCCUCAGCCAAGAUUCCCACGCCCAGACCGCACGAGAGUCCCACACUCCCCCCUCCGCCAGUCCCCACCUUGCACGCCCCCAUGGGAGUACCCCCAGGAAGCCCCCCCAUGAUAAUGACCCCCCGGGGGCCUGUGCCCCUCCCCUUCUUCAUGGAACAUCAGAUGAUGCAGCAAAUUCGCCCACCAUUCCUUCGCCCCUCAGGCCAUGUGGCCGGUCCAAACAGCCCCCUGUCAAACCCGAUCAUCCCCGGCAUUGGCCCACCACCACCCCCUAGGACCCUUGGUCCCCCAUCCAGUCCCAUGCACAGGCCUCUGCUAUCUCCGCAUGUCCACCCCUCCUCCAACACCAACCCAGGCAUGAUACCUCCCCACCCCGGUCUCCCCAUGCCAGGCCUGCCCCCCUUCCCCCCAAUCGGCAUGAUGCCAAACGGACCCAUCCCCAUGCCUCCAAUGAUGAACUUCGGUAUGCCGUCUUUGGCUCCCCUGGUUCCCCCACCCACUCUUUUAGUCCCAUACCCUGUCAUCGUACCCCUGCCAGUGCCAAUCCCCAUCCCCAUCCCCAUUCCCUUCAGACCCAAGACGUCCAGAGACCAGCCGGACAGCAGUGGCCCCAUCCCGACUGCUCCCGAAUCCUCAGAGCCCUCGGCCUCUUCGCCACCGUCUCCCGGCUCCUCCGGAGGAGACCGGCUGGACCAAAAAGUAGGUCCAUUCAGUACAAGGCCCCUUUCUCCUGCGUUUUCUCACUACAGCCCCGGCCAGUCAGGCUCUGGCUCAGACCGAAGUCGGACUGCGUUGGUGGACUUGACUGUGAAGGCAGAGGACAGUUCGGAAAGCCUGUGUCUAUCUGGUGGCCCUGGACUAAUGGAUGAGGUAAUCGAUUUAACCAUGGGCCAUCGCUCCUGUCAGCAGCAGGUCAUUCAGAGAAUGGUACCGGCGGUCAAGGUCAAAGUGGAGGCAGAAGUGGACUCAAGUUCUCCAUCUGCUGCCGGGCUGGGGAGAGAAGGAAAGGAGAAUGGGGAGGGGAGGGAAGCGGCUAUCUCACAGGGCUGUAGUGCUGAGGAGGUGGAAGGAGCCGCGAACACUAAAACACUGGAGUCGUCUUGCCCACCAUGCAGCGACGACAGCUCUUCUGGCAGUGCCGAGCCUCCGUUACCACAGCCCAAUCCCUGUGUCUCUACCCUCCCAAAUUUUCCCAUCCAACCCGGACACAAUACAAUACGGACACAAACUCAAUCCCUGCACCAAACCCAAGCUAGUCCUGCAAACCUGUGCAACGUCAUUGUCAAUGGCACUGGGUGGCACACACUCCUCACGCCAGCCUCUGAGCCUUGUCCAGACCGGAAAGGAGAUGGUGGAGCAGGAGGAGGAGGUGAGGACCAGCCGGCCAACGGGGAGCUGGAAAGGGAAGAUCUGAAAGAGAACAGCUGUUCUGUGGCAGAAUGGGAGGCAAGGAAGAGGAGUUCAGCUGAGGAAGAGGCAGUGGGAACGGGGGAGGGUAAGCCGGACCCUGACUCUGGCCUGGAGGAAGGCGAGCAUGCCUACGCCCUGCUGCCAACUGGAGGCUGCGUGGUCAUCCAGCCCGUGCCAAAGCCUGGUGCCGACAAGACGGCCAUCCUGUCCUGCUCCAUCAGCACACCGUUAUCUGCUGCUGGCAGCCCUGAACUCGAACCACCGCUGAAGAGGAGGUGUUUGCGAAUUCGCAAUCAGAACAAAUAA